AUUUUUUUUUUACAAAAAUUUUAGGGUAUUUAAUUUUUAAUGUUGUCUUUACAGGGUUGGCGUUAUAAUUUUUAUUAUUGGUAACACUGUUUACUAAUUCAUAUUUGUUGAGUAAAUAAACCUUCAUCAUGUCGGAGUCUGCUAGCCGCCCUAUGAAAUUCCCGUACACGUUCACUGCAAAGAUUGCCCAGUUCCCCUUGAAGUACUACGUAGAAAACCAAUGGAUUUGGCGGUAUUGGAUGAUUGGGAUUGCUGUGUCCCUACCAGUCUUCUACAAAAUUCACAAACUGGCUAACUCACCUGAGAAUGUCAGCAAAUGGGCCGAGAUUAGGAGGAAGGAGGCUGCUGAGCACCAUUAAAUUAUAUAGCAAAAUAUAUUCAGGAAAUAAUAAAAUGAACAUAAGUGAAGUCCAUACAUACAUACAUUGUUUUAAGGGAUUAAUUAAAAUCAUGUCUUAGA